AUGGCAUCGACAGCUUCACAGUCGCAGCCUAACGGCGUUCCUUCCUCAUCCGCGGGUCCGUCACAGUCUCAAACACAACCGACACAGUCAUCUCUCACAGUGUCGGCCUCGCAAGCUACAGCAGCCGGUGCAGGACCAGCAGCAAACGGUCAACCAUCUCCCUCGACCUCAGCCCCGCGCCCUCGCGACUCUAGGACAAUCGAGCUACUUCUUACUAGCCAAGGCGUCACGUCCUACGACCAGCGCGUGCCCCUCCUUCUCCUUGACUUUGCCUACCGACACACAUCCUCCAUCCUCUCAGACGCGCUCCAUCUGGCCUCAGACCCAUACACAACGCAAGCCGGAUCGAAACCUUCAGCCGCAUCAGGUGUAGCCCCUUCCGCCCCAGCCAACAUCGACGCCACUGUCAGCGCAAAUGCUAUCAACAUUGCAAUUGCGAGCAGACAAGCCUAUCAGUUCCGUGGCGGCUCGGGUGCUGGCGGUGCCGGCGGCGGCGGUGCGAGCAAGGACUGGCUGCUGGAGCUCGCCAAGGAGCGGAACAAGGUUGGCCUUCCCCGAGUCAUGGCUCACGAGUGGGGAGUACGUCUGCCAAACGAGCGCUUCGUCCUCAGCGGCAUGGGAUGGGGUCUGCGCGACACUUGGACAGACGGAAGCGACGACGACGACGACGACGAUGAAGACGAGGAGGAACUGAUGGAAGAUGCCAUGGAGGGCGUCGAGCUUGUGAAGAAGGAAUCCAAUACAAAGGAGGGCGGUGAACCUGGUGGGCUCGACGAAUUGCUUGGCGAUGAUAUGGUGGAAGGUGACGAGGACAUGGAAGGGAUGGAGUAA